AGCCGCGGCCAGCGCGGCUCGGGGCAAAGGGCCCCCCCGCGCGCGGCCGCCAGGGGGCCAGGGGCCAGUGGCCGCGUCCCCUCCAGACCGUGAGCUCUCUGCAUGGCCGGAUGAGGCCGGGUCUCCCUUCCCCCCCGCCGCGGGCUUGGAGUGGUGCGCUAUUGCGGCUGGGGGCUCGGGGGAGGCAGCGGCACCAUGCGGAGCAGGGCGCGGCCCCUGGCGGGCACCGCGGCGCACGGCCGCUCCUGCGAGCCUCGGCCCUGGCCGCGACGCCGGCCCUCGCCGUGAUCGCUCUCGCCGCGCUGGUGGCGGCGCCGGCGCCAGGCAGCCUGCCCGGGCUGGAGGCGGCGCCCCCCGGGGAUGCUGGGGGCACCUGGCGGCCUUCGGCCGGCGAGGACGCCGACGACGCCUCCCUGCUGCAGAAGGCUGCGCCGUCCCUCGCGGCACCGCUGGCCACGGCGCCGCCAGCCGUGGCGCCGGCGGCCACGCCGCUGGAGCAGCCGCGGGCGGGGCCCACGGCGGGCGGGGCGUCGCCGCUCGGCCUCGCCGACCGCCUCGCGCCGGUGGUGCUGCUCGCGCGCUCGGCCGCCGCCAGGGCCGCGGGCGCCUUGGGGAUCCUGCACCGCGACCCGGACUGGAAGGGCAUGGAGACGAAAGGCCUGGGCGACCUGGAGGGCGGCAUGAAGGGCCUGGAGAAGCAGAAUCCGAUCGUGCUCAUGGUGGGGGCGGCGAUUCUCGCCUUCAGCAUGGCGUGCUGCCUGAGCCACCUCUGCUCGUACUCCAGGUCCAGCGAAGGCGGUCCGUUCAG